CGGCUAAAUAAAAAGGUAUUAUUAGAUUUAUUCUGUGCGGUAAUAAAGGAAGUACCCGAGUAUUGACGGAAUGUCCCGAUUGCCACGUUAGCAAUCUGUGAAGUGUUGGACGAUGUUGUGACACAAACAAGUGAAUUAUUUUAGCAGUUUUCAGUUGUACGAUCAUGGAAAUAACAUAUUAUGUCUUUUUAAUUUUAACUUCAUGUAUAUUAUAUACUGAAGCCAUACGAUUUCUUCUUGCAUCAAAUCAAAGAAAGUGCCUUCGCGAAGAAAUCCACAAGAAUGUUUUGGUUACCGGCGAAUAUGAAAUUCAAGAGAAUGGACAAAGAGCAGAUUUGAGUGUAAGUGGACCUCUGAUGAUAGCUGAUGCUGUUAGAUUCAUUCCUAUUUAUCUUUAAACAUGCAUAUUAAGGUAAUCUACCACUUCAGCGUUGGCUAUUAAAAAAAUCGUUUUUUGGCCUACCAAAAAUACCACCAUUGUCAUUGAUGGUGGAGAGAGGAACUGCAUUUGCCCUGGCCCUGGUAUUGAAAGAGAGGAGGGUGGGUGCUGUUUUCUUGUUGAAGUGCCAGACCAAACCCAUCACAAGAGUGCAUAAUGAGAUGUAUUCUACCAGAAUUCAAUAUGGUCUAUGGCAUGGGCAGCUUAUAAAUCAGAUUAGACAUGGAAUCUAUGAAUACUCUGUUGUCAUUGUGGUCCAUCAACAAAACUUGGUUGAUUCAAAUGUCAUUAGUGAAGUAAGAAUAUUUAUUAAAUCUAUCUUCUGAAAUGGAUACAUACAAUAUAAUAAAUAAAACAUUUCCAUUGAUUAGGAUCAAGAAAAUGAUUUUAUCUUAUCAGUAAAAGAAUAACCAGUAAAAUAGCAUUUAAAUUAAUUUAAAUUAAACUGAAAUGGUAGAUUACCAAUUCGAAGUCUACAUGUCCGGCGCUGGACUAAUAGUGCGCGUGAAAUAGCAGGACGACUAGUAGUCAUUAUUAUUUCGAAUGAAGUGGCUAUUUGGACAUAUUGUGUGGUCUUAUGGUAGAGUGAUCGCUUGACAUUACAAUAUUAUAUUUGUGGAUCAAUGCCCAGUAUGGGAUCUUUUUUUUUCCCCCAUUUUAAUUUUAAAAAUUUUGUAAUAUUUUUAUAUUAUCAUGUUCAUCAGCAACAGUAGUUUCAUGAGAAGCUUAAAAUAUGUUGUAGCAAUUUAAACAAUUUAAAAUGAAAUCUUUUACUUUUAUUGGUUGCCUACUCCAUACUGGCCCCUAAUUUAUUUUAUGGAUUGCUGGUACACAAACUCAAAUAACAAACUAAACAAAAAUGUUUACAAGCCACUAUCCCUUAAGUUUUUUUUCUAUUAUUUGCAUUCAAGAUACUCAGUACAUUACUUGGUAGAGAAAUAGAUUUUAAAAUUAACAAUAGUUUUGAAUCAUUCGUGGUCACGUGACAAGGCUGAUGGACAAGAUAUCUCUCGCCACUUUAUUACGGCGGUCAUGUGACUUGGUCGCCGGACAAAUAGUGCGGGAGAUAUACGUCCGGCGCUGCCUUACCAAUUUAAAUUGAUACAAAUUAAAAUUUUCCCUUGUACCUGAAAAAAGUGUAGAAUAUCAUCUAAACAUAAGCCUGUAUCAGGCUGUUAAGUAAAUAAUUUAAAAUUAUUUUGAUUCUUAUUAAAUAAUAUAGCCUUGGACCUCUUUAAUAGCACUAGACUCUAAGACUAAUUAAAUACCUUAUACUUAUUAAAUUUAAAAAAUACCCUUAACCCAACUUUAAUUAGGCCUUUGAGUACAUUUCAUAAACGAUUUGUUGUAAUAGAGUAAUAAUAUUUUAUUAGGCUUAGGCCUAAAUAGACAAUAGUUAUAGGAUGAUAAUAACAACAGUUAACUGUCAUUCUUAAUUAAUUUGUGGGCUUAUUUUAGUAAUGUUCUCCCAUACCAGUAGUCAUUAAUGAUAGAAUAACAUUAUUAUUAUUGUUAUUACUGUUAUUAAACUGUUAUUUAUUGAUUCAAAAACAAACAAAUUUAUUGAAUAAUACUAAAAAGCAACCCUUACUUAGUCACUACAAAAUAUUUUAAAGUUUGGUUAUAAUCUUUUCUUAAAUUUUAUAAAAUUAUUCACAUUAAACUUCUUAACAUUAUUCAGAUUUUUAAGCAUUGAAAAAUAACAAAUCACUCUGCAAUUGACAGUGAUAAGAGCCAUUUCCUGCAGUUCUAUGGAAUAAAAUUAACUUUAACAACUUAAAUAUGUUCAAAAUGGAUGUAGUUUCACCUAUAACUAAACCUUAUUUUUAAGGAAUAACUAACAAAAAAGUAUUUAUUUGAUCUAUGCUUAACGAAUCAUUAUGAUCCUCUCCGUGACACCGGAAAAAAACUUUUAGCAUAAAUUUCAUAAGAUCACAGGAAGACAAAAACAUAUAUGUCAAUGAUGAGGAAAGCAAUUUUUAAUGGACAAUUGUGACAUUAGUAUACAAGUUUCUGAAAACAAGCAUAGCCAUACCCAAUAUCUUUGACAAAGUUGCUAACGGAUAUCAAAGUAUUUACAAUAAUCAAGUUAUAUACAUUAACAAUUCUGGUAUCAUAACUACAAAAUCAAUAAUAUAGAAAUAGGAAAGGAAAAAUGUAAAAUAAAAGGUGGAGUACACCAUACACGCAACGAGAGUAUUAAUCCACACAAGUAAUAGGAAUGGUGAAAAUAGUAAUCCAUAUAAGUGAUUGGAAUGGUUAAAAUAGUAAUCCACACACAAGCGCAUAAUGGUAAUUAUCACUUGCUCACUGUCUCUCCAAUUACUUGGUGACGACACAAACACAAGAGACAACACAGGCUGUAACAGGCACUGAAAUACAAUUGUAAUCAUUCAUUAAAUCAGUUACUCAUACCCAUGACACUAUUACUAUUAGUAGAUCUAAUUAUUAAUUGUACAUUCAUAGAAGGGGCCAUCUCUAAAUCACAUUACUCUAAUUGGGCAGAUUCUUUUAAGAUUGCACAGUAUAACAUUAUACUUUGUUAAUGAUGCUUUAGUAUAAUUAAAAUCAAUGUACACAGUCAUGUAUUAAAUAAAUAUUGCAUUGAAAAUUUGAUAUUUCUGUUACUCAGUCAUUUAAGUAUGUUCAUCUUCUGUAAAGAUCAUUUCAUUUCAGUUUAAUACACAUUUUUCCAGAUAAAUUAUUUCCUCUAAUUACUUUCAGUUAUCAUAUUUUAUAUGUUAUGCUAUUAACAGGUCAGAGAUUCCAGGGGCCAUAUUUUGUACUCUAAGGAGGAAGCAGUUAAAGGGAGAUUUGCUUUCACCACAGAAGAAUAUGACAAUUUUGAAGUUUGCUUUGAAUCAAAACCAAUGGGUGGUAAGCAUUAUUUGUGUUGAUUUAAUUUCAAUGUGUGCCUUGAAACAGUUUUUCAAUUUUCUAUGCUAAUUUAAAUGGGGGUAUAUUCAACUGUAAAUUUUAUGUUCAAGCAAUGCAUCUCAUCCUCUUUUUUUUUAACAAAUAAAAUUUUCAAGAUAUUGAGUAGAAGAGUGUAGGACUGCAAUAACAUUUAUUAAAAACUAGUUUUAUUUAUGAUAAAACGAACUAGUUUUAUUUAUGAUAAAACGAAGUAUUAACAUUUCAACUUAAAUUUUGAUUCUAAAAGAUCAAAUACUGGCUUUUCAUGCAGCUUCAUAUUUUAUAUAUUUAAAUGAAGGGAAUUCUUAUUAAGUCUAUACUUUUUUUUUUUUAAAUUAAAAAAAAAAAUGUAUUUUUGUGACAUUACUCAUGCCAGAACCAGCCAGUAACAUCAACAGACCAUGUUUCUGAAACUAAAACAUUUUAUAAAAGAAGUAUUAACAUUUCAACAUAAAUUUUGAUUCUAAAAAAUCAAAUACUAGCUUUUCAUGCAGCUUUAUAUUUUAUAUAUUUAAAUGAAAGGAAUUCUUAUUAAUUCUAUACUUUUUUUUUUUUAAAUUAAAAAAAAAAAAUGUAUUUUUGUGACACUACUCAUGCCAGAACCAGCCAGUAACAUCAACAGACCAUGUUUCUGAAACUCAAACAUUUUAGCCAUAUUUUUUAAGUCUGUAGAAUAGUUAAAUAGGUUGUCCCUAUUCCUAUGUGGCAUAUUGAUAAAUUACCCUAAUUUAUCUAGAGGAUGGCUUUCAUUUCUGGGUUAUGCACAUCUUUUUUAUUUCAAUUGUUUGAAAUUCUAUUUAUAACAGGUGGCAUUGCUCAAGAGAGGGAGGUUUAUUUGAAUCUCAAGCAUGGUAUUGAGGCCAAGAACUAUGAAGAUGUAAGCAAUUAUACUUGUAAUGUUAAAGAUUUGAACUUAGGUAUGGAUUUUAAAAUGAAUAACCAUACUCUUACAUAUACAAAUAAAUACUUUGAAGUAUUUUUAAAAAGAAUAUAUCGUAUUUACAUUGUGUGGUAAAAGAGGUGGAAACAUAGUGUGGUGUCAACUCUUUUUUUAGUAACUCUGAUAUGUAUCACCUAAAUACCCAAAACUAAUAGAAACUGAAUCCAUAGAACCAUAUAAGUAAAGGUAUUCUGAGAGUAAAUGGGACAGGGAAUCAUAUGGUAUUAAUGUUUCAAAAUUGUAAGCUAUGUGAGAUUAAUAUGACCUUGAAUUUUCAUCAGUGAGUUCAAUUGUUCAUCUUUCUUCAACUCACACCCACAAUGACUGUUGGGUCCUUCUAAAUCUAAAUAAAUUAUUCAGACACAUUAAACAUUCUUUCUAUUUAAAAAAUAUAUAGUUAUUUGGAUUUAGAGAAUUUUAAAAAAAUCUUUGCCGCCUUAAUAUUUCUUAAGAAUGCCUGAUAAAUUCAUUUGUACCCUAUUUUCCUCUCCCACCACUUGAACUGCUACUAGUCUUAACUCCUCUAUCAUAAUUAUCACUACCAUAAGUAAUGCCAACAAGACUAUCUUCAACAUCACUUUCAAAAAGAAAUAAUAAUUUAAAUAAAUUAGGCUUUUGUUUGGCAGGGGCAACAUCUGAGUCCUAACGUUAAGUUUUAACCAGAAAAAGUUAGAGAAACAGAUGAACAUACGAAAUAUUGACGUUUUCUAUUAGAAAUGAAGUGAAUCUAAUUUGUUAAAGUUAUAUUCUCCUUUAAUAAAACUUAAAACUUCUGAUUCACAUUAUAAUAUUAAUUUUAGCAUCUAUAAUGGCCUAUCAUCGGCCAUUAUGACAGUUCAUGGCACACCUAUGGGUUACCUUCCGUCUGUUGCUUUUAUUGUUUUAAAUAUUUUUAUGGGGGGGGGGGAAGGAAGGGGCUGUGAUUUAAGUUUUUGUCCCAGACAGCACAAGAUACGUAACAGUUAAGUGGGCAUAUUUUAUGAGUAUAACAAAUAGUUUUACACACCAUAAAUUAGUAUGCAGACGUUUACAUAUAUGGGAAGUUUUGACUGGAAUAAAAACUCUUCAUGUCUGAAAAAAAAAAGCUGAAAUCAUUUGAUCAUUUUAAAGUUUUUAUAUUCAUCAAAAAUGCUAAUGUUCUUUCUCUAGUUCUCAUAAUGUUGGCGUUUAAUAUCAUUAGUUACUCUCACACUGAAACUAACAUGUCUUUUAUCCAAACACAGUUUUAAAUUAGCACUGUCACUUUAGUUUGUCAACUAUAUUUAUAUUGUAGAUUGCAAAAGCUGAAAAGUUAAAACCACUGGAAGUUGAACUGAGGAGAUUGGAGGAUCUCUCCAAGUCCAUUGUUGAUGAUUUUGCCUACAUGAGAUCAAGAGAAGAACAAAUGAGAGAUACUAAUGGUAAUGUAUUAAGCUUUUUAAAAUUAUUUUUUGGUCUAUUUCUGAUAUAAUAUUUUUGAUCAGCUUUCAUGUAAUUCUUUAGUAACAAUGAUAAAUCAUUUAUAAUGGCUUUUAUAGAUGCCCUAGAAUUAAAAAAAAAAUGAAGGUAUAGAAUUGAAAUGAGGCAUAACACAUCUCUUUAAUUAUGCAUUAUUUGCUGGUUUUCAUUUGCAGAAUCCACUCAUUCCCGUGUGAUGUACUUCAGCUUGUUCUCCAUGCUUUGUCUGCUUGGCCUUGCCACUUGGCAAGUUCUCUAUCUCAGGAGAUAUUUCAAAGCCAAGAAACUGAUAGAGUAGAACAAAUGGCUGUAGUGGGACGAAUGGUUGUUUGUGUGUGUCCAAAGUUGUUUAUAUUUGUAUGGUUUUGGUUAAUCACCUUUUUAUUCAAAUUUUUUUUUAUGCAAGGAUCGUACAGUUGGUUAUGUUGAAUAUGUUUAUUUGGGCUCACUGACUGUAUAAAUUGAUUUUUAGUUGUUAUGGUAUUCUCAAUUACUGAUGUUCAGUUCUGUGGUACAUAUUAUGUGAAAAUUAAAUUAGCAAACAAAAAGUCUGCAGGGAUUCUAGUUUUUAAACAUUUUAACAGAUAAGAUUGUUCACGCCAUUAUAAACUUUAAUUGCUAUUAUAAUUAUAAAUAAUGCACAUCUGUAAAUGUUGUUUGUAAUUGUUAUGAGUAUGAGUUAAACAAAAUUUUUAAAGUAUAUUUGCCUAAAAUGAUGGUGAUGUAUCACUAUCAUGGUUAAGACUUUGUGAAAGGAGGAUAGUUUGUAAAGAACAGCUGUUGCCUCAAAUGUGUGGCUCAAAAAUUAUACCAUGUGUGAAUUAUCAAUUAUUUUUUUCUAAAUUAUUUUUUUGCCAUAUUUCAUCUCCUUCUUUUUUUAAAACAAUAAUUAGAUGAAAGUUUUCUCCUCAUUUUAAAAUUUAAAUCCCCUGGUAAGUUUUGCAAUUAAAGAUUUAAGAAAAUUGACACAAUAGGUUCUUUGUUGUUUAUGUAUGCAAUGUAUUGAGUGAAUAACCUGCAGUGAAUGAUUUCUAGGGCUACGCUAUAGAUAUCAAUGUUUUGAAAACUGAAAUCUUUUUAAACCUUUGUAAAUUAAGAACAAAAAUUGCAUCUAUGUUCUUUCAAAGAAUAUGUACCGGUACCAAGGUUGGAUGUUCUCAAUGUGUUGCUAGAAAGACUGUAUCAUCAUGUCAGAUAAAUAAUAUAACCUUGUUCAAAUAGAAUAUGAAGUUAGGGAAUUUGAUUAAAACAAGUUGCUUUUUUCCCCAGCCUUUUAAUAUUUUUUUUUUUUACAUUUAGCUAGUAAAAUAAAGUAUAAUUUAGUGGUUCAACCACCGGUUGGUCGAAACAUCCUGCCCGUCUUAAGCAAUUAGUUUACACACUGGUGAAGUGGUAACAGUUACUGGAUCUGAAACAUCUAAUAGCUGCUAGUAUAUGCACUGGUCAAUGUUAAAAUUACCAAGAAUAAAAUACAAAUAAAAUUGAAA